CUCACACAAAGAACCACCACCACCACCACCCACCACCAUCCAUCUCCGAAGGGCUAACGAGCGGGUCGUCGAGUAAGCGGGUCAAGAUGUGGGACUGCGUCCCUGACCCGUGGCACGAGGAGGCCCUGGGCAAUGCGUGCACUCUGGCCACACGCGACUUCACUCUGAUGCGCAGCGGGCGACUCCUCCGCGAGGCGUCGUGCGGCUGGGACCACCGUCAGGGCGAGGUCGUCCUCGCCACCAUCUGCUCCAUCUUCCUGGCCACGCUGGUGCCUCUCGCGCUGCUCCUCAAUCUCGGCGUGGCCGCCGUGAACCUGUGCGGUGGACACCGCGCUCUCGCCGCCAUCAGCGGAGGCGCCUCUCCUCCUCCACCUCCUCAUCCUCGGAGCGCCGCGGCUCGCCAACCGUCCGCGGUGGACGUGUACGUGACGAGCGCCGCGCUGGCCAACGCCCUGCAGCUGAGCGUGGCUCUGGCGCACCUCACGGGGCUGACGCACGACGCGACGGACGCAACGGACGGGUCUGCCGAGCGCGACCCGCGCGGCGCGUACGGCUGCGCCGCGGCCUACGUCCUCUUCCACGUGUCGGCGCUGGCGAGCGCCUACUCGGUGACCCUGCUCGCCUUCGACGCGUACCUGGAGGCGGCGCUGCCCGCGGGCUCGCGCCCGCCGCUCGUGGACGCGCGCAGCGCCCCGCACGUGUGCGCCUUCCUGUGGGGCGGCUCGUGCCUGGCCGCGUUCCCCGCCGCGCUGCAGAUCGGCUGCUCGCGGCGCGGGCACCUCGACUGCGUGGCGCUCGGCGUGCGCGAGCUCGCCGACGUCUCGCUCGUCGUCACGGGCUUCGUCGUGCCGGUCGCGGGCUCGUGCGUGAGCGCGUGGUGCGCCGCGCGUCUGCUGUCACGCGGCGGCGGUGGCGUUGACGAGGACGACGCCGCCGAGCGGGAAGCGCAGAGAGGUGCGCUGCGCAUGGCGCUCGUGGCGGUGCCCGUCCACUUCUCGCUGUGGGCCCCGUUCUACGCGACCGUCGGGGCCGGCGUGUUCGCCGCCGUGAGGAGGAGGCCCUCGUUCCGCCUGGUCAAGGCGCUGGCACAGAUGCUCGCAUACGCGCCCCCGUGCGUGGCGCCGUGCGUGUACGCGCGCAUGUGCCGUGGAGUGGCGGAGCGUGCGAGGCUCGUGGGGGCCGCGCUCGGGUCGCGGUGCGGGAGGCGACGCUACAGUCGGCACUCGUCGCUGGCCCUGACAGAAGCCGUGUAGGUGGAUCGCUGCUUCGCAUGAUCGUGGGAGGCAGCGGUGAGUCAUGGAGGUCUUCAUCAAUGGAUUGACCACGGCUGAUGAUACAUCCUGAGAUUGCCUCGUGACCUCCCACCAGUGAGCCUUUGACACUUGACGUAGCUGCAAAGUGCACUUAGCUUUGACACAAGCGCUGUGGUGAUGUCACCGUCAUUUAGCGUCUGUCAAUAGUUGUUGUAGAGGUGUGCGCAUCUCUGUACGCGUGCGCAGGGUCCGACUGUGGCGCAGUGGGAAACACAAUGAUGCUCGUGACUUUAUUUUUCUUCCCGGCCACGGUGCGAUUGUUACGUCUGGAUACAACCACGAACAUUCCCGUCGCUGCGCUGUAACGCAAUGCAAAUUUCAGAGGGUUGACAAUGUACGUCGUUAAGUUAUUGAAUUAGUUCUGCUUCUGUGAUCUUUAUUAAACAAUUGCUGAAAACCCCACAGGGAGGGAUCCGUCUCAUUCCUCCACGUUUGUUGAUCAAGUGAAGUAACGACAAUGACGACUACUACUUUAAUUUCAGCAGCUUUUGCUUCUGCAUUAAUGAUUCAUACUAUUUAUUUAAUGUUUCGCUUUAGACCGUUAAGUGGACACCACGUAAGAACCGCUGACGUACGAUAGACAACAAAACCUAGUCCAGAGUUGAUCUCGAGAGAACUAAAAUAAGCAAUUAUUAUUACUUUUACU